AUGGUUUGCCGCAGCGCCUCUCCGACUACGAAAAGUCGAUACAAUCCUCGGAGACCUGGAGCCACCCUCUUUGCCGAAGAGAUAAACGAGAUGGUCAGUGAUUUGCAGCAUAAUCGUGGUCGAGGCGGUUUCUUCUUUCAACAGACCUGUAGUGCCUGCAAUCGCGUCAUUCAUACAUCGCGCACAAAAUUUGCACCAGACGAAAGAUGCGCAGUGUGUGCAGAGAAUUGGAAAGGAACAAAGUAUUGCCUAUUGUUUCGUUUUCUAUUCUUUGCUUGUUAAACGUCCACAACGUCCUCAACUUAAACUUAAUGUCAAAGCUACCACUAGAACCACAGCAGCACAAUCUAACUCUCAACCACCCAGGUCUCAAAAGCGCCACCGUUUUCCCAAGGUGACUCCACCUAUUCUCUCGAAAGAAGAAUGGACGAAGCUAGAGGCAGAAGCGAAACUAGGUUCUGCGGAAUCCGAGGAAGCGCGUAGACGACUGGCAGCACGUGGUCUGACUCGGACAGUAGACGAAAUCUCGAAAAAUCUCGAAAAACAGAAGGCACAUCUGUUAGACCUCUGUUCUCGUGGAAAAUACACCCGAGAAUUCGUGCCGACAGUGGAUCUGAAAUUAUGAUGCUGUUAACGUCGACCUGCUGUACGACAAGCAGACGUCGCUAGUCUUGAAUUUAUUAUACACAGUUAUGCAACGUAGCAGGAGCGGACGCGGAGGGAGUCGAACUAGAGAUUAAAAAUACUGCAACAUGCACCAAUACUUCAGUAACUGUGCUUGGUUUUGGUAUUGGUGCAUGUUGCAGUAUUUUUAAUCUCUAGUAGUUCGACUCCCUCCGCGUCCCUUCCUGGUGCUACGUUGCAUAAGUAAGGAUCAUUGACCGGAGCUCUCCCUUAUUGUUCUUUCAUCCUCAUCCCCUCUAUCCCCCUUUCAUCCCGGACUGCAGUCGAGAACCUCGCAUCAGCUGCCGUGGAAUUUACAUGGGACAAAUUCGGAGGAUUCGACGCUUUCGCCUACCAACAGAAGUUCGAGGCUCUUCAGGAAAGACACGAAAAAGCCCAGGUCGAUUUCAU